AUGGGAAAUUGGAGGUGUGACGGACUUCGCUCAAGCUUGGCCGACCCAUGCAAGCGUUUCUACAGUUUGGCUCCCGAGAGCAAGAAUGCCUCGCAGCGGCAGCAGCAGCGGCUGCGAGCCCUGGAGGGGCGCCUGGAGGAUGCGCUGGAGUCCCGGCUGUUGGCCUGGGAGGCAGCAGCCACCAAACCUGGCGAUGCACAGAGGACACCGGAGACAGAGCCAGUGGCGCUCCAUCUUCGGAGCCUAGUUGCCUCGCCUUUUCGAGCUGACGAGCGGCUUCUUGCAGAGCUUCGUCAGGAAGUGGCCUCGGAGGUGUCGGCAGAAGUGCGGCUGCUGCGCACACAAAUGGACGAGGUGCAUCGGCGGAGCGCUAGCACAUUCAGCGAGACAUUGGAAGCCCGCGUCGCAGGUCUUGCGGAUGCAGUUGAGGAGCUCCGGACGCAGCUGGACGCACCACCCAAACAGCACGAGGACAGCGCUUGCAGUCCUAUGUCACCGACGCGUCCAGGAGACUCUGAGGCGGAUCCGGCACCGGCUCAGGCCGUGUCGUCUCCAUCCGGCGUUGGUGCCAAGGUGGAAGUGCUCCAAGAUUUCACGGCUGAGCUGCGCGCCCUGGUGGAGGAGCGCUUGCUGAUUUCCCUGGCAGAGCUGGAGCAGCAGGUGCCGCAGCUUUGCCGCCAACAAGAGCUGCAAGCUGCGGACACCGCCGACCGAGCAGGAAAGCUGCAGGAGUUUGAGGUCCGGAUGGAGAUGGUGUCUCGACGCUUGGGGACGCAGGAAGAAAGGUUGCAGAGCUGCUUCGAUCGGAUGGAGCGGCUCCCGCAGCUGCCGCAGCUUCGCAAGCUCUGCCGCGAGGAGGCCCAGAAGCGGCUUGGCGAGGAGCUUCCCGGCCUUUCCGGUGAACUCUCGAGGCAACAGGAAGUCCUCGAGGAGGUUCAGCUUCAGCUGCAGCGUCUUGGAGGGCGCUGGCUUUCGGCAGGACCGGAGCCCUGCGCAGGGCAAAGACCUCUGAUGCCCAAGCUGGCAUUUCAAGGUUUCGAGAAGAAAGGAGUGGUGCACAUGCCCCGGCUGAACAUGGCCAAUCAGAUGACCUUCCCCGGCGGAGUUACCGCGAAGAGUCCAGAUUGGCCUCCAUGGAGCAGCGUCGCGGCUUUACUUUUCGGCUCAAGCCCUCGCGGGAGGAGGUCCGCCGAUGGCCUUCGUCAAUUCCCGCGCGAGCCCGAAGCCGACAGGCUCGGGGCUCCCAGUGGUAAGAAGGCGGCUGCAUUGCUUAGCCUGCGCUGGGGUGUCAAUGGGAACCUGCGGCAGCUAGACAUGAUUGCGGUUGUCAUUCGGGAGGCCACGAUGGUGGUGGCAGGGGAGAUCCGGACGCGCCUGGUUGAGUAUGGCAAGUUCAAAAUCGUCAUCAUGGAUGCCCCGUGUGACGAGAACUCGCACAUGUAUGUGCGAGAGCUCAAGCAGCUGGGG